AUGGGUACCACUCGGUACAAUGCCUCGGCGUUGUCAUCAGAGAAAAAGCGUCUUAGAGACCGACGGGCGCAACAGAACAUGCGCCAGAAAAAAGAGAACUUGAUCAAGUCUCUCGAGGACAAAGUUGAAUUCUGCGAGCGACAUCACACCGGCGGCUCGAUCCAAGAGCUCAUAGAGACCAUCGAGAGCUUCCGCAGGGAAAAUGAGGCCCUUCGCCAACAGAUCAAGUCGUUGAACGCAACCCCAACUCUUCUUCCGGAGAAGUCCCAGUUCCUAUCAUCGCCAUCAACAACGGAACUUAUGCAAUCACUCGAGGAUCCAAACAAUCUAGAGAAAUCGCAUGUUUCACAUGAGACAUCGUCACCAAUUAUGCAUGAAGCAAGCUUAGCCCUCGCACCAAUUACAGCUAGCGACCAAUCAAGAAUAUUAAACCAGGCCUUAAGCCUGAGCUAUUCAUCUUUCCUGGUCCCUCCGCUCAUUCCGGACGAGGCGUUGAACUUCCCCACGAUGUCCUUUUCUGACCCAGCUCAAACAAUUCCGAAUUCUGCUCCCAUUUGGUGCUUGGUUCCGAUGAGCUCCUACGGUGACAACGCGUUCCUUUUACCCGGUCACUGUCCCUGGCUGUCAUAUCCAGAACUAAUUGCUGGCUGUUCACCAUUGCCGUCCCCGCUCGAUAUGCUUCACGGUACCAAACGUAACUUCCUGGCCGACCAGAUCAACCAACGUAUGCGACUACGACGAGUUCGAGACCCCGAGUGCCUAGGAUUUGGCUGGCUCUGCUAUCUGUUCAGCAAAUGGCGAAUCUCUCCUAACCCUACAACAUUUGCUCGCCUUCCACCGUUCAUGCGCCCGGUCGUGGCACAAUUUCAGCGAGGCCACCCUAACGCCUUCGACCUUCCCGUGUGGCCACAAUUGCGAAGGAACCUGAUCAAACGUUGGCGUCAAUACGAUUAUUUUGAACUAGUCGGCUAUUUGUCUUGUUGUGCCAGGGUACGGUGGCCAUUUGCCGAACCGAUCCUUGAGCGCGAUGCUAGUGACAAUUUGCAAAUACGACAGGAUUUCUUGGAUACUGUUACCCGGGAGAGUGGCUGGGGACUGACUUCAGAAUUCAUUGACAAAUAUCCCGAGUUGCUGGAGGGGAUGGAUGUCGAGGCUGUUAGGUUUCGGAUGGAUGUGCUCUAA